AUGGCCAGUCCGUCACCGAACCCAAGAGAAGGCGAGGAGAGCGGGUCCGAGUUCACGGAGGAGACGGGCGGCCAACGUCCGGCCGCCCCGCAGAAGACGUUCGUAGCGCCACCCGCCUCUCAGCUGCCCACGAAGCUGGAAUUCGUCGCCCGUAGUGGUACAGGCCGCAGUGUUAAGCACACCUUCCGUACCGUCAAGUUCGCUCGGAGAGUGCCCACACUGCCGCCCAAGAAGCCUGAGGCAGGCGGCGCGGCCGGCAGCGGGGCCGCGCCCGAGCGCCGCCCGCGCAACCGCAGCAAGCGUCAUGUCUGCACCACCUGCGACAAGCGCUUCUCCAGCCCCGGCAAGCUUAGCCAGCACGUUCUCUCCCACACUGGUGAGCUUCCCUUUUCGUGUGAUUUGUGCGACAAGCGAUUUAAUUCUAAAUUUAAACUCGUGCGCCACAGCCUCAUACACAGUGAGGCGAGAGCCUUCGCUUGUAAUAUUUGCGCUUUACACUCUGCCGAAGAAGGUAACUUACAAUGCAAAAUUUGCGAUGAGGUCUUUGGUACCAAACAAGACAUUGUGAAUCACCUCAAAGUUCAUACAGGGAGUCGCACACCUAAGAGCGAGACUGAUAAAAAAUUUACCUGUGAUCAUUGCGACAGAAGAUUUUUUACAGCAAAAGAUGUUCGAAGGCAUCUUGUUGUGCACACAGGUAGACGAGAUUUUUUAUGUCCUUACUGCCCACAAAAAUUUGGACGUAAAGAUCAUUUGGUUCGUCACGUUAAAAAUGCUCAUCCAGAUGAAUCAUGGAAGUCAGCCGCAGUUGGUACUUCAAAAGAUCCACUCCCUGAAGCUUCGUCGUUUGAGGAGACCUUUACUGAUUUCCCUAUAGAGAGCUCCAGUUUUGAUAUUUGGAAAUCCGUUACUCCAAAAGAAGAGACACAGGAGUGUCAACCAGAGGUGCCUGCGUCUGAUAUAAUUGUUGCAAUUCCACCAGACCUGGAUAUAAAAGUGGAGCCUUUAGAUAUAAAAUUAGAGAAUCCGCCCUCACCCAGUGAAAUUCUCGAAUACCCUGUAGUGUAUAUGGUCCCACCGCCUUAUCCUCAGACGCCGUCCGACUUGCCAUAUAUGCCGACGCAGCCUAUUUCCGACCCACUGGAUGUUCAUCUGCUCGGUUCAGGCAAUGUUCGUUCUCUGUUGAUGGACCCGGGGGAGGGGCCGUCGGGGUUAUCGAGUCAAAUGCUAGGAUUGCUAGAGGAACGUGAACCGACAUUCACAACUGAGGAGGGCCGCGUGCAGCAACGGUUGCCGGCCUUCACGCAGGCCUUCCAGACAGCUCAGAGCCCAAAGCCUCCUCCGCCCCCCCCGCCGCCUCACUAG